UCAAUUUGGAAAUGUUUGAUUUUGAGCUCAUCAUUUAAGGUGAGAUACUAGGUUAGCUAGCUAGCGAUAUUGUAACGCAUCUCAUGUACGGGGACACCCCUAAGUGAAUACACCCAGAACCUUUUUCACUAUCUUGCUGAUUAACGUACCUUUGUUUACCGUCAUAGCUGAGACGGGGUUUAUUAUGACUGAAAACAUUUUCUUACCCAUGUUAGCUAGACGCUCCUUGUUCAUGUGUCGACCUAACGUUACAGGUAAUGUUUAAAGGAAUAAUUAAAUUAGCUAAAAUCGAAAUAAGUAUUGGUAGAGAGUGGUGGCUACCGCCCUUGGCAGUGUCGUUCGUUUGAAGUCACAAAACGUGCAUCAGCAAUCGACAUACACACCGACCCUGAGGUGAUGAUGCAGAACGGCACCACGGGGACCCUUCGAUGCACCUUCAAGUCGAGCGAAGUGGUCAGCAGCGCCACCACGGUGAGCUGGAGCUUUCAGUCGAGUCAGCCCGACAAUCAGUUCUCCAAUUCGCCGUACGUGAUUUUCUACUUCUCUGCGGGAAAAGCUUUCCCAGGCCCAGCUGAGUUCAAAGACAGGGUGCAGUUCGUCGGAGACAUCAACAAGAGGGACGUCUCGAUACAGCUGAGUCCGGCUCAGUUCAGCGACAACGGUACCUUCUUCUGCGACGUGAAGAACCCACCGGACAUAAUGGGGACGGCGGCUCGAACGGUGCUCAGGGUCGUCCUGAAAGAGUCUCUGCCUCAGAGCAACACCACCGUCAUCGUCGGAGCGGUUUGUGGUGCUUUAUUCCUGCUCGUCCUCAUCGCCGUGGGGGCCUGCGUUGUCAUGAGGGUGCUUCACAACCGCCAUGAUUACGAAGGAUGUACGUCCUUGGAAAGCGUGAGCACUCAGGCUCCGAAGCCACAAAAGAAGGUGGAGUCCAGCCUGGAGGGCUCCAGGUCUACCAGUCCCUCGGGUCCACUGCAGGGCCCGGUGAUAUACGCCCAGCUGGAUCACUCAGGCAGCAAAAACUCGUUCCAUAAGAUGGAGCCAGUCGUCUACGCUGACAUUCGUAAAAACUGAAGAGGAACCGGGGACGAAAAAAUUAAAUAAGUAAAACACAUUAAAGUAUCAGACCUCUCUAUCAGCUGCUCUUGGGAAGGGUGGGAAUAUUUCAACAGGGACAGAAAUUGGUGCAGUUUCUUAAUUUUUUUUUCCUUCCAUCUUUUGUCCUCUGAAACCUUUAUACUGUUACAUGGUAAAGUGAUGUCUCCAUGUGCUUUAUUGUAAAGACAAAAAAAGCAAAGAAACAGUACAGCGAACGCUCAAAGUAAGAAACGGUAUCAGACAAGACGCUGAGACGCAGACAACGCUGAUUUAAAAAAGGGAAAACCACAGCUCAGCGUCAGUCAAGACUUCAGUCACCCGAAACAUGUAAAAUAACACAAAUAUUUAAGAGUUCUGCAGCGGUGGUUGUCCUUAAACUGACACUUCGAUUAACCUCCUUUUGAAUUAACGCACAGCUUGUGCGAAAGGCUGCCGAGGCGCCGGUUCAUCUCCUCUGUGGUUCACUUCCAUGGGGUUCGAGUUUACGUCGCCUUCGGUAACUUUUUAACUUUGCAUGCAGUCAUGAGGACGUCUAAAAAACUAAAUUCGGUACUCCUCAGAGAAGCCGUCUGAUGUUAUCGUAUUACUGUGAAUGCUUCAGUUUUCUGUAGAGUUCUGGCAUGUUGUUGUGGUACCUUUCAAAAUAAAAUGCCUCCCAUUUGAAUUUCACCUCAGUGGAACAUCUUUAACCAGUUCUUGUUUCCUGUCUAUUUUUUUUUUCUAAACCAACUAUGGGUGCUCUGAGUGUUUGUUUUUUGUUUUUUUGUUUUGUUUUGUUUUCAAAGUGAAUAUUAACACACAGGCAGUGCAACCUGGGUAGAGUUUUGUGCUUUCCGCCUGUGAAAUGUGCAUGUUAAAAAAAAAACAAAAACAAAGUGUUCCUCUGAGGUGAAAUAUCUGCUUCUAUGAAAAGCUCACAAUUGCUAAAUACAC